CUACAACAAAAGUUGGCUAUAACCACGUUUGUUAGACAACGUUUUUUGAAAAACGCUGUGGAAUAAAGUGAAAUUACGCGUUAUCCUUUAUUAUAAACACGCGUUCCAUUUAUAACAGUGCUCACUCUCCCCCAGUCUUUAUUUCUCUUAUCGUUUUCUCUCACUGUAGUAUAGAUUGAAUGAUCUAGGGUUUAUGUCUCUCUCCCCAGUCUCCUUGAGAGAUUCACCAGAGGAAGAUAGACCAGUUGAGUGAAGAAGGAUCGAGAUCAGUGGGAUCAAGACAGGAACCGGGACCGAGAUCGGUCGAGUCGGAGCAAGGGGAGGAGAGGAGAUAAGUUGAUUCACAGGAGUAAUAGAGAAGAUGGUGGUGAGGACAGUUCAGAAGAGAGCGUGAAUGAUGAGGAGGACGAUGACGAUGACGAUGACGAUGGAGUCGCCGCCACCGCCGCGGUGAGGAUGUUGCCGCCUAAUCCAACGACGUCGAUGUCGUCUUCAUUACUGAACCACCACCAUCAGCACCGGAAGAGCUUUCCUCUGCAACUACAAAAUCGUCGAUGUCGUCGAUGUCAUCUUCAAUGUAUCUCUUUAAUUAAUUGUCAAUGUGUAAAUUUUAAACUUGGCCAUCCUCAUUUCAUGUCUUUUGCUUGUUUCUGCUAUAAAUUUUGAUCGUUCCAAGCUUUUGAGGCAUAAUUUGCAGAAGAAGAGCAUGGAAUCUAUGUUAGUUAGGGGAAGUUUUUAUGUGUAUCAGAUCUCUUUUAACCUCCCAUCUGUAGCUUUAUUCCUUGAAAACCCAUGUUUAUUGUUUUGGAUGAUUCUUUUAACCUCCCAUCAGGCCACCUUUAAAGUAGUUGAUUUGGAUGAUUAUGCGGUAGAUGAUGAGGAAUAUGAGGAGAAGUCGAAGAAAGAGAGUUUGGCAUUUUUCUUUUUAGCUAUAUAUGAAAAUGGUGAGCCAACGGACAAUGCUGCAAGGUUCUAUAAAUGGGUAAAGAGAGAGGGGAAUGGCUUCAGAAUCUUACUUAUGGAGUGUUUGGCCUUGGCAAUAGACAGUAUGAGUACUUUAAUAAGGUCUUAAUUGAAUUUCAUCUCA